GUGGCCACCUCCUCUCCCCCAGCAGAACCCCUUCAGCUUUAGGGGCCGGUCCACGGCCUCAGGCAGCAGAUGAGCCCCGGGCGGAGUGGAGUGGGCGAGGCCAGCUCCUCGCUGGGGGCCCUUUAGACCCCGUGUUCACAGCUCUCCAGCUCUCCUCUAGUCUAAUUUUACUAAUGUUCUGUGUCUUUUUCUUUCAGUGGUUCAGCAUGAGUGACGGCCCACAUCCUACCUCCCAGCAGCAAGUGAAACCGAGUGGGGGCGAGCACCCAGCUCAGGGGCUCCAGGGUGAGGCUGUGGGGUCCUUCCUCCCAGCCCGCGUGGCCCUGCAGCUCCCAGCGUCACUUCCGUGGAUGUGGCCACCACGAGUCCCUGCCGAGGCCCGGAGAGGCUGCGUGGGUUUCUAAGAGCAUCUGUGGGAGACCCGCAACAGGGGCGGGGGUCGUCAAGGCCCCCAAAGAGCCCGUCCCUGCCUGGGUGGGUGACUCCCUCCCUCCCCUACCUCCUUUCUAGGACCCUCUCGGGGUUUAGGGGUGUUCCCGCCCCCCACCUGCGCGCGGGAGGUCCAGGGCUUGGUGGACACGGAGAAUCCCAGGCUCUGUGCCUUGAAAACACCGGCGUGAGGGGCGCAGGGGCGAAGGCUGGAGGCGGAGAACCCAAGAGGGGCUGCGGGGUCAGCCUCUGGGCAGCCGGGCUGGAGGCAGCUUCGCUCCGCAGACGCGAGACCCGCCUGGGACCCUUCGCCGACCCCGCUGCAGCCCCGCGCCCCCCGCGUCUUCCCGGCGCCGCCCCCUAGACACCCAGCGCCGUCCUCUCCGCGCGCCUGCUGCCCGCUGGGGUUAUUUUAAUACCGGGCGCUGGCGCGGGGCCGCGGCGCAUUCCCAGCUGGCGGCGGGCAGAUGGCGGCGGCGCAGGGACCCGGGCGGGGCGCGGGGCGCGGGGCGGGGGGCGCGGCUUUGGUGGCGGGACUGGCGGGCGCCCCUGCCGUGCGCUCUGGGAGCCGAGGCCACCGCGGAGCCCCUCGCGCCCCCUCUGCGCUGGGACAGGGGAGCGCGCCUCGGAAAGUUCCCCGCUGCCCCGCUGCGCGAGGAGUUUGGAGCCGCGAGCGGCUGCCCCCACGCGCGACCCCAGCCUCGGCGGGCAGGUCUGGCCGCUCAGUGACCGGAGGCAGGCCACCACCGCUCUGUGAGUUUCAUCCAGGCUGCUGACCCCAGCGCCGACUCCUUCUUCACUGGCUUCAUGUCACAGUUUGCCUGCCCCCCUCCACUGGGGACAUUUGAGCUGUUUCCAGCUUCUUAGGAGUCAAGCUGCCGUGAACUUUCGCAGGCUUGUCAUUUUCUGGACAUUGGCAGCCCUUUAUCUAAGGCUGAGCUGGUUCCCCGUCUCAGGGAGUGGCCACCCAGCCCUGAGCCCGUCGUGAGGGGUCAGAGAUGGCGCUGACCCCCGAGUCCCCGAGCAGCUUCCCUGGGCUGGCCGCCACCGGCAGCUCUGUGCCGGAGCCGCUUGGCGGCCCCAACGCAACCCUCAACAGCUCCUGGGCCAGCCCGACGGAGUCCAGCUCCCUGGAGGACCUGGUGGCCACGGGCGCCAUUGGGACUCUGCUGUCGGCCAUGGGUGUGGUGGGCGUGGUGGGCAACGCCUACACGCUGGCGGUCACCUGCCGCUCCCUGCGCGCGGUGGCCUCCAUGUACGUCUACGUGGUCAACCUGGCGCUGGCCGACCUGCUGUACCUGCUCAGCAUCCCCUUCAUCGUGGCCACCUACGUCACCAAGCAGUGGCACUUCGGGGACGUGGGCUGCCGCGUGCUCUUCAGCCUGGACUUCCUUACCAUGCACGCCAGCAUCUUCACGCUGACCGUCAUGAGCAGCGAGCGCUACGCUGCGGUGCUGCGGCCGCUGGACACCGUGCAGCGCCCCAAGGGCUACCGCAAGCUGCUGGCGCUGGGCACCUGGCUGCUGGCGCUGCUGCUGACGCUGCCCGUGAUGCUGGCCAUGCGGCUGGUGCGCCGGGGUCCCAAGAGCCUGUGCCUGCCCGCCUGGGGCCCGCGCGCCCACCGCGCCUACCUGACGCUGCUCUUCGCCACCAGCAUCGCGGGGCCCGGGCUGCUCAUCGGGCUGCUCUACGCGCGCCUGGCCCGCGCCUACCGCCGCUCGCAGCGCGCCUCCUUCAAGCGGGCCCGGCGGCCGGGGGCGCGCGCGCUGCGCCUGGUGCUGGGCAUCGUGCUGCUCUUCUGGGCCUGCUUCCUGCCCUUCUGGCUCUGGCAGCUGCUCGCCCAGUACCACCAGGCCCCGCUGGCGCCGCGGACGGCGCGCAUCGUCAACUACCUGACCACCUGCCUCACCUACGGCAACAGCUGCGCCAACCCCUUCCUCUACACGCUGCUCACCAGGAACUACCGCGACCACCUGCGCGGCCGCGUGCGGGGCCCGGGCAGCGGGGGAGGCCGGGGGCCCGUUCCCUCCCGGCAGCCCCGCGCCCGCUUCCAGCGCGGUUCGGGCCUCUCCCUGUCUCCCUGCAGCCACUCAGCCACUGAGAGCCUCGUGCUGGCCCCAGCGGUCCCGGCCCGACCUGCGCCCGAGGGUCCCAGGGCCCCGGCGUGAGCACGCGGAGGGAUGGCUGGAGUCCAGGCGAGGACGGGCCCCAAAGCCCCAGCCACUCCCGGGAGCCCCUCCACAGAACCCCCCCAACUCCCAAAUCACAGGCCCUGCCCCUCCUCCGUCCCCUUCUGGAAAGAUCCUGCUCGCUUCCCCUCAGCGCCCUCCCCGUGAUGCCCAGAAGCGCCCACCCGCCUCCCUGAGGGUCUCCAGGAGGCUCCAGCCCAGUCCCGGCUUCUGGAGACCAUGGCUUCGUCACGGAGGGCAGCAGGCGCCAGUGCCCGGCCCGUGUGGAGACCAUGGCGCAGCUGCCGCCCCCGGGACCCUCCUCCUCUCAGUCAGCGGCCCUGUGACUCCGGUCCCUGCCUGUGUGGCUCCAUCCCUUGUGGCUUUGCCACUGGAACAAUCAACCCUGGGCUGGCUUCCGUGUCCUGCCUCCGCGCGGGGGACGCCACGUCUGAGGGGUGGGAGGAUCGGCCGGCGGGACCCCCAGGACGACACCGGCAGCUCAAGGGGGAGCCUGUGGGUCUGGCUGGGGUGGGGGGUGCACCUGCCUUUGAGGCCUGUGCAGGCGGCUGGUCUGGCACCUGAUGUGGGGCGGGGAAGGUGGCCAGGAGGGGAGGCUCCGGCUGAGGGCUGGAGCAGGGAAGGCACUGCCCGGCAGAGGCCUGAGGCUUCGGGUGCAUAACGUAAGAGGACAAGGUCGCUGGCCGCACCUACAGGCCUCCUGGCCUCUCAUCCGCAUCUGGCUCAGGUGUGAUCAGAAACGAAAUCCAGGUCCCACCUCACAGUAGCAUUGGCAGUCUCUGCCCCACUCACCCCUCACUGCCUCCUGGACAGACUUCCUGCCCCUGCUCCCAGCUUGGCCAACCAUCCUCUCUCUGGCGACUGCCCCCCUCCAGCCCCCAGCCCGGCCCCGGACCCUGCACGGCCUCCCCCAACCUGGCCUCCCCUCCCCAACCCAUGGCCAUGCCCAGACUACCAGCCCCUUGGGGCUCUGUCUGAACACCGGGGCGAGGGUCAUGCCCGCUCCAUCCCUCCAGUGCCCGCCCCUCAGUGGAGUGAGCACAGCUCUGCUGGCAGGACUGUCGCCGGCAUCGGGAAUGAGCAUGUAAGCGCUGUCCCCAGGGCCUCCCGGAAGAAGGGCAAUGCUUGCAGUUCCCCCCUGGAAUUACGAAAGCGCUCUGGAACUAGAUGCUGGUGACUGGGCGAUGCUGUGAACGAGCCAGUGCCACAGAACUGUGCACCUGAAUGUGCGAGUUCUGUCGUGAGUGUUUUACCUUAAAAACAAAAGGAUCCCACUCCCCGACCUUGUCCCUCUGUUAAAAUUGAAAUAGAGAUUGAUGUACGUCCCACUCCUGAAUACAUGUAAAACGGGUACAAAAAUAUCUAUGAAGAUGGUUUGUAAUCUGUAGAUUGUAAUCUGGGAUUUGUAAUCUGUAGACUGUAAUCUGGGAUUUGUAAUCUGUAGAUUGUAAUCUGGGAGAUGUCUUAGAUGUAAAAUCCCAUCUUUGGGUUGU